AUGCUACCUUUUAGUGAUAAUUGUACAGUUACUCUACCUGGACGAUGCAAGAUCAUAGACUCACAACUUCGUCAAAGUUGUCUGGGAACUCCAUUACCCUAUGAAUAUACAUCAGAUGGGCCGAUAAUAGACGAUGUUGCACAUUUCGAUCUGCAAACAUGGGCAACACUUAAAGCCAUACCUAUGUGCUGGGACAAGUUACAAAUCUUCCUCUGUACGGUCUAUGUUCCUGAAUGCCAACCUAUUGAGUCACCGACGGCAACAGUGUCUUCCUCUUCCUUGGCAGCGUUGCGAUCACCGACUUCUUCUGACGCUGAGUUUACUCAAGUGGUUCUUCCAGAAAGGGGAAUGUGUUUGGCCGUUCGCAAGGCUUGUCCUCUACUAUUCUCUGGCAGUGGAAUUGGAGGACGGAGUCUCCUCGGAGAUGUUGUGCCUAAAUUCCUUCAGUGUGACAUUUAUGCCCCUAUUUGCAGACAGAAUAAGCUACGUCCAAAGAUAUUCGAUGCGAAUAAAGCCACCUGUCAAGCGCCACUCGUAUCCACUACGAACAGUCGAAAUUGGAUUAAGGGAAUCUCGACCUGUGCAUUUCCAUGUCGGAGUCCUGUCUAUCUACCAGAGCACUAUACCCUGGCAAGAAGUCUAACUUUUGGAGCUGCCAUCGCUGGUAUUCUCGUCAAUCUUUUCGUCCUGUUCACCCUUCGAUUGCUUCGAACACCAAGUAUCGCUUCUAAUUCAACUUCUUAUACUAUUCCAAUCAAUCAGAAGUCAAUAACAGAUAAUCCAGAGGAUUCUGGGACUCCAGCUAUUGCUGUGCUAACUCCUGGGAUGUCGCAAAAACGGCGAUCGGCCCAUACUGCCCUCACUGUUAUUCACUUCUCCUUUCUUGUGGGAUGUUUUGGCCUCCUCUUACCUAAUCUACCCGGAGUCGGGGACUCGAUUGCCUGUCGAGCUGAUGGCUCCGUUCGAAUUGGGGAACCCCAAGCUCAGUGA